UGAACCCGAGGAGGCAGAGGAAGAGGAAAUGAUUGUAAAUCCAUUCAGAACUUCAGGAUUCUCCUUUCAACAGGAAAACGAGUGUUUUAUCCCCGCCGUCCUGUGGCACAUCCUCUUUCAGAGACUCUUCUCCGGGCUUCACCUGAACCUGAGGCGCUUGUGCUCGCGCUGCUGCUGCAUGACUUCGGGAAACGCGCAGGUUUGAUAGAGUAUCUAAAACCCCGGAGGACUGGAAACCUGGAAAUGAAGACAGAUUGCACGUUCUUCUGUCGGAUUUGGAUUGGGAUUCCCUUCUUCUCAGGUCUGGUGACUGGGUUUUCUAUGAGUCCACCCACCCUUGACAACACCAAAGACCAGCUUGUGAUUAACGCUAACGACACAUUGACCAUUACAUGCAGGGGACAGCGGAUUCUGGACUGGAGCUGGCCUGAAGAGUCUUUGAGUAAAAUCGAGAUUACUGACCGUCAGCAUCAGGAGUCACCCGGGCCCACGCCGGGCCACAGAGCGGUCAGGGUGAAGGAGUGUCAAGGGGAGGCUGGGAAACCCUACUGUAAGUCCUUAAUACUGCCCGACGCCCAGGCCAAUGACUCCGGACACUACCGCUGCUUCUACCAGGGCAUCAAAGCUGUCAUCGAUGGGACCACGGCAGCCAGCACUUUUGUCUUUGUGCGAGACCCACAAAAUCCAUUCAUCAUGAGGAAUGGGAGUGAAAUGGAGACCAUCUUCAUAACGAACUCGGAUACACACAUUGAAGUGCCAUGUCUGGUUUCAGAUCCGGACCUGAAAGUCACUCUCUUCUUGUACAGGGAGCCUCCGUUGCUUCUAGAAAGCAGUGAGAUCACCUGGAAUAAUAAAAGGGGCUGGUCGGUUCCCAUGGACGUCUAUGACCACACUUCCAUCUUUUUCGGCUUCUUCUGCUCCGUCCACAACACCGAGCACAGAUCCAAAUUAUACUUGGUGCAACUCACAGGCCUGCGCUUUUACCAGCUCAAGCUGUUCCCCGAGGACUCUCCGGUGGAGCUCAUGAAGGGAGGCGUUCUCCUGCUCAACUGCAGCGCACGGGUCGAGUUCAACACCGGCGUCGAGUUCCUCUGGGACUAUCCUGGACAGAAGGAGAACCGGCCGGCCAGUUUUCAGCCGGUGCGUAACAUCUUGUCGGACGCCACGGAAGCCUCCAGUAUCCUGACGAUCCCGAGUGUCCGUGUGGACGACAGCGGAUACUACACCUGCUCGGCCAGCACUGUGGAGAAGACUCGGCAUCUCACUACUGUCGUCAUCGUUCACGAGAAGCCUUUCAUCAGCUUGGACUACAGGAACGGAUCGGUUAUCGAGGCCAAAGAGGGACAAAAGUCAGUCCUGCUGCCCGUGAAAGUGUCGGCGUACCCCUCUCCUGAAGCUCAGUGGUAUAAGAAUGGCAGGCUGGUCAGCAGACGGCCAGAGUUCAGCAGGUUUAAGGUUCAGCAUCAGGCUCUGGAGAUCAGAGAUGUGUGUAGCAAAGACGCCGGUGAAUACAUGCUGAUCCUGAAAAACACACCGGCGGCCCUGGAGAAAACACUCAACUUCACUCUCGUCGUCAAUGUUCCUCCUCAGAUCCACGAGAAGGAGGCGGCGACACCCACCAACCCGUACCGGAAGGGCAGUCGCCAGACCCUGACCUGCACCGCCACCGGCUCCCCCCCGGCCUCGGUCCGCUGGCAGUGGAGGCCCUGGAGCCCCUGCAGUCUCAACAGCUCCCGCAGGGCCCCGAGUCGAAGAGGACAGCGAGACAGGAUCCCCAUCUGCCAGAACUGGAUAGAUUUGGAUCCCGAACAGGCCGUCAAUCCGAUCGAGAGCAUCGAGGCCGUGACUGAGAUGGUGGACGGGAAAGAAAAGACUGUGGGCCGUGUGGUGAUUCAGAUCGCCAAUGUGUCGGCCAUGUACAAGUGCUCGGCAGAGAACAAAGUGGGAAGAGAUGAGCGACUGAUAUAUUUCUACGUAACCACUAUCCCAGAAGGCUUCGGGAUAGAGACGGAGCCCUCUGAGGAUCCUCUGGAGCAGGAUCUGGUGCGCCUGAAGUGUAACGCAGAUAACUACACCUACGAGAACCUGCGCUGGUACCGCCUGGACCCGCAGGCCGUUCCUCCAGAGCUGGACUGCAAGAGUCUGCACCAGUACGCCGAGGCUCUGGGCGGGAAUCUGUCCUUCCACGCCGCCAGCAACAACUGGGUCCUGGAGCUCAGCAUCACCAGCAUCCAGCUGCAGGACGAGGGCAACUACGUGUGCGAGGUGCAGAACCGGCGCACUGGGGAGAAACACUGCCACCGCAAGUACAUCCCAGUCAAAGCACUGGAGGCUCCUCGAUACCGGCACAACCCCAGCAAUCAGACGGUGAAUGUGAGCGAGUCUCUGCAGAUGGAGUGUGAUGUGGAGGGCACCCCCUCUCCACAGCUGUCCUGGUUUAAAGAUAACCAACCCCUGCAUCAGAUCUCAGGGAUCCUGCUUCAGGACUCCAACCGGACUCUCAGCAUUCAGCGAGUGCGAGAGGAGGACGCCGGUCUGUACACCUGCUCCGCCUGCAACCAGAGGGGGUGCGUUCAGUCCUCGGCCACGGUGUCCGUCAUCGGCUCUGAUGACAAGACCAAUGUAGAAAUAGUGAUUCUCAUCGGGACGGGGGUCAUCGCCAUCUUCUUCUGGGUCCUUCUCCUCGUCAUCUUCUGCAACGUGAAGCGGGUGAACCCGGCCGAUAUCAAGACCGGCUAUCUGUCCAUCAUCAUGGACCCGGGAGAAGUGCCGCUCGAGGAGCAGUGUGAAUACCUGCCCUACGACUCCAGCCAGUGGGAGAUAUCCAGAGACCGGCUGCGGCUCGGGAAGGUGCUCGGGCAUGGAGCGUUCGGGAAGGUGAUCGAAGCUUCGAUGUUUGGACACGACAAGAAAGCCUCCUCAAACACAGUGGCUGUGAAGAUGCUGAAAGAGGGAGCCACCGCCAGCGAACACAAGGCGCUGAUGUCAGAACUGAAGAUCCUCAUUCAUAUUGGAAACCAUCUCAACGUGGUCAACCUUCUCGGAGCAUCUACCAAACCCAACGGUCCUCUCAUGGUCAUAGUGGAAUAUUGUAAAUAUGGAAAUCUCUCCAACUUCCUGCGUGCCAAGAGGGAGUUUUUCUUACCGUACAGGGAUCGUUCUCCUAAAACCCAGAGUCAGGUGCGCCGCAUGAUCGAGGCGGGUCAGGCCGGUCCGCUUGAGCGUCAGGCGUCCGCCUCCUCCAACACCAGCCCUGCGGCGGCACAGUCUCGCGCCGCGGUGGAUGAUCUCUGGAAGACCCCGCUCACGAUAGAGGACUUGAUAUGCUACAGCUUUCAGGUCGCGCGAGGAAUGGAGUUUCUGGCGUCUCGUAAGUGUAUUCAUCGAGACCUGGCGGCCCGCAACAUCCUCCUGUCCGAGAGCAACGUGGUGAAGAUCUGUGACUUUGGAUUAGCGCGUGACAUCUACAAAGACCCUGACUACGUGCGCAAAGGCAAUGCCAGACUGCCUCUGAAGUGGAUGGCUCCGGAGAGCAUCUUCGAUAAGGUUUACACCCCUCAGAGUGACGUCUGGUCGUUCGGAGUCCUGCUCUGGGAGAUUUUCUCUCUGGGAGCGUCUCCAUACCCGGGCCUCCAGAUCGAUGAAGACUUCUGCAAACGACUCAAAGACGGUACCAGGAUGAGGGCACCGGACAACGCGUCCCCUGAAAUAUACGGCAUCAUGCUGGCCUGCUGGCAGGGCGAGCCCAAGGAGAGACCCAUGUUUCCGGCUCUGGUGGAGAUCUUGGGAGAUCUGCUGCAGGAAAACAGUCUACCGGAAAUCCCGUUCAAUGUGUCUCAGAGUUCAGAGGACGACGGCUUCUCACAAGCUUCCUCUCGACCAGCAUCACAGGAGGAGAUCAGACUGGCCUGCAACACACUGUCCACACGAUAUUACAACUGUGUGCCGUUCUCGGGGUGCAUCAUGGUGGGAGCCUCAAGCACGUGUCACGCGCGAGUCAAGACCUUCGAGGAACUUCCCCUGGAAAUGACAUCACACAAGACACAUCAUGACAGCCAGACAGACAGUGGGAUGGUGUUGGCAUCAGAUGAGCUGGAGAGGUUUGAACACAAGCACAGAGGAGCCAUGCUGAAAAAUGUGUCGGCGGGUCACAGCACAGAGCGGCUCAUCAGUUCUCCCUCCGUCAGCUCACCUCGUCCUCCCUUCUUCAGCCAACUCUCCGGCCAGACCUUCUACAACAACGAGUACGGCCAGCUGUCGGAGGAGGGCGUCUGCGACUUCUUCUCCUCCUCGGAUCAGGUCUGCCCGGCAACAUCCAACCUGUAGCUGCCCUGAUUGGCCAGCCGUGCCCAGGCCCCGCCCCCUCCACACUAACUGAACUGAUGUCUCAGCAGCCACUGGGUGGCACCAUCACGUCACAUUCAAACCAACACAAAGUAUUUUAACACCUUAGUUACAUAUAUCUUUAUAUAAAGAGUAAACUUCUUUUUAUUUGUACAAAAAAAGACAAAAGAUGGAGAAAAAAUAAAGGAAUAUAUCUA